CAGUCGCAAGUGUGGUCGGACAUUUUCUCAAUUCCGUCUUCUUUUUCCUCGUUUCCAAUCUCUCUCUCAAAUUCUCUGUUUUCGUUUUUAUUUUAUUUUUUUCUUUCCCCUCCCCUGUUUCCCUCCCUCUAUAUGAAUUUUCUGUCUUACAGCUGUCUUAUUCCUGGCUCGGUGAAAGGGUGAAAGGUUGUCUUAUUUCUCCCCCUCAGUCUCUUCUUCAGAGGGCGGCAUGUUUUUUGAAGCUCAGAGGGAAACGGAAAAGGAGCAGAUCAUUUAAGUCUGUAUCGAGACAUUAAAGAGAUUGGGAUACGAUUUUUACAUUUGACUUGAGGCUGGCUUUGGGAAACUUCCGUUUGGUUGCAGGCUAUUUCAAGGUCGCAGUUAUCGGGGACAUGUAGUUAAGUGUUGUUACUCUGUUUUCUUGAGUUUUACGUUUCAUAAUGAAGAGAAGUUGACGGUUUCUUUUACGCCCUAUUUCGUGGAAUAAUUCAGAAGUGCUAUCGUCGUUGGGUUAACUUCUUCCAUUAGACUUCCUUUUGCAGUCUCUAUUAUUUACAUCCCAUGGGGCUAGAUAGUCUCGGGUGUUGUAGAUUUUGAAAGCACCCAGGAAUCUCAUCUUGUUUAUUUUGACUUUUGAUACACAAUCAUGUGAAUAUCUGUCUUGUUCGAUGUUUAAAUGACAGUAGCCAUGAGAAACAUGAUAGGGUUCUGAUUCUGCAUAAUUGCUAUAUGAAGUGUUGGAAUUAGUCAUGGAGAACAUCGCCAUGCGUAAUAAGAUCAUUGUCUCUGCACACUCCCAUCUUAUCAAGCCAUUGUUGGUGAGCAGGAGAGAAAGGGAAUAAUAGAUCUUUUACCAUGUGGUGAUGCCUGGUGGGGAUGGUUAACUUUCUUCACUGUCAUGAUGUAAAGUAAAAAGUACCAUGUCAAAUAUCGACUUUGAUGAAUCCUUCUGUGCACCGGAGAUACCAAGUACUAAUUUACAUCAAGUCCAUGUCUUUUAGAUUUUGAAUAAGCAGAUCCCAGGGAAUCCUAAGACAUAAAAGCCAAGACGAUAAUAUUUUUGUGAAUAAAAAAAAAAAAUUCACUUCACGUAUCGUCAGAAUUUCAGAAGACAAGUUGUGGUUUACGUUUGCCUACUUGUGUUCCUUUCAAGCUGCAGAUCCAGUAUGCAAGACUUUGCCUUUAUAUAAUUGAUGGGUUUUUGUUAGCUAUAGUUUAAGAAUGUGUUUUGUUAUUAUUACUACUUUGGCAAUAAUUUAUCCCAAAGAAUCUGAAGAACUAGUUUAUUUGACCGGUUACGUUACAAGGAAGAUCUGAUUAUUCAAUAGACGGGCCUACUGCUCUUAAGCGCAUUGAAGCAAAAGGUUAGAAAACUAAGUUAGGCCUGCUUAACAUGUCAAAUCUGCACAGAAGUAUCAAUAAUUAUGUAAAAGUAAAUCUUGCUACCGUUGUUAAGUUGAUUCAGUUACUGAUUCUUCUUUUCUGCUCUCGCUUGGUUUUGCAAGACUUGGCCUUUACUUAUGGUCCAUGUUGCCAAUUGCCAUCUUGGACUGACAUCCUUAUUGCUAGGCGAAUAAACAUUUACCUUUGAACUUUAAUUGAAUCUUUUGAUCAUGUUCACAUUCUUGAUUUAUUUACAUCCAUGUCUUCUCAAGUCCCUUGCUGGAACCAACUUUCUGACAAUUUUGAAAGUUAUUAGAAACUUUUACAGAUGAAGAACAAAAAGAAAAAUUACAUCCCAAUUGAUCGCCUCGAUCUAAGAGUUAAAGCAUAUUCCUUUUCCCCCCUUUCUUUCAACAUGCUCAUCACGAUAGCCAUCGUCUUUAAACUUUAUCGUUCUUCUGAAUCUUUUUAAAACUUUAAAUACAUUUCAUCACUCUCAUCUUCAUUUGCAUAAUCUGUAAUACUUUUUUGCAGAUGGAGUCAGUUAAGCCAUCAUCAGUUGCACCAAGAAAGAGUAAAUUGGCUCGCACGUUUGCUAAGGUUCUUCACCUUAGAGCACUAACUGGAAUUGCACAAACUGAAGGACAGAAGAAAGUUAAAACUGAAGCAAAUCUCAAGGAUGAAGGCAACAGCUUGUGUCGUGACAUGGAAGCUGAAGAGCUUCAAGAAAGACUAGCCGCUGAAGCUUUGCUCGCAAAAGUAUUUGCUAGCAUUUCUUUUGUGAAAGCUUCAUAUGCGCAGCUUCAAUUUGCUCAAUCUCCUUAUGACCCGGAUGGGAUUGAAGCUGCUGAUAAAUUAGUAGUCUCUGAGCUGAAGAACUUGUCUGAGCUAAAGCAGUGUUACUUAAAGAAACAGUCAGAUCCUUCACCUGACACAGCAAUUCUCGCAGCUGAAUUGAAGGAGCUGCAAAGUGUUAACAAAACCUUUGAGAUUAUGGGGAAGAAGUUAGAAUCUCAGGUAAGGCUAAAGGAAUCUGAGAUUAUAUUUCUGAAGGAAAAGCUAGAGGAAGCUACUAAGCAUAACAGGUUGAUCGAGAAGAGAUUGAAUCAAAGUGGCUCAUUAUCCAUGCUUGAAAAUCUGCAUGUAUCUGGAUUAAGUUCUAGCCAUUUUGUCACUGUUAUUCGUCACACAGUUAGGUCAAUUCGAAGCUUCGUAAGGUUGAUUGUGGAUGAGAUGAGAUCCGUUGGGUGGGAUAUUGAUGCUUCCGUGAAUGCUAUUCAUCCAAACAUUGUUUUCUGGAAAGAAGAUCACAAGUGUUUUGCCAUUGAGUCCUUUGUUUGCAGGGAAAUGUUUGAUUCUUUCCACUUUCCUAGCUUCUCCAUUCCUAAUGAAAAUCCUCCGGAUAGGAAUAAUCAACAGAAGCUGUUCUUCGAGGGAUUCAAUGAGCUGAAGCUCAUGAAAGCAAAGGAAUUUCUUUCUGAGAAGCCAAGAUCACCAUUUGCCAAAUUUUGCAGAAUCAAGUACCUAAGACUUGUUCAUCCAAAAAUGGAGUAUUCAUUUUUUGGUAACCUGCGCCAGAGAGACCUUCUAAAUGCUGGAGAAUUUCCGUAUACAAGCUUCUUCACAUCAUUUGCUGAGAUGGCUAAGAGGGUAUGGCUCCUGCAUUGCUUGGCCUUCUCAUUUGAGCCCCAAGCUUCAAUCUUUCAAGUGAAAAAGGGAUGUAGAUUCUCUGAAGUGUACAUGGAAUGCGUGAAUGAUGAUGAUUCUUCAGACCAUACACAAGUUGCUUUCGCUGUAGUUCCAGGGUUCAGGAUUGGCAAAACUAUUAUACAGUGCCAAGUUUACCUCUCACAGUCCCAAAGCAAGGUAGUAAAAGAAAAGUACACUUCCACCAAACAAAGGUAGCCCCGGUUCAGGCACUGACCCUACAAUAAUACCGGCGGGAAAAUCCUCGGAUUGAUUUUUCAGAAGAAUCUCUCGUACAUUGAACUGGAAGCCAUUGUUUUCUUUUGUGGAGUAUAGUUGUGAGGUAAGGACAUGGCCUGUGCAUGACCGAAGAAUCUCUGCGUCUCUGGUACAAUGAACUGGAAGCCAUUAUUUCUCUCUUGUGAAGUUUGGAGGGAAGGGACAUGGCCAAUGCCGUGCUGUGCUCUGCAUGGCUGAGUGUGCUGUGGGGCUCCUUGUCCAUUUGUAUUUUGUCAGUUUUGAAUAGGGAAGCGCGUGGACCGUUGCAUUGGGAACCACCCUUUUUUUUUUUUUCCUUCAGAAGCUUUUGGUUUUAGUAUCAUGCUUGUUUUUAAAUAUCAUUAGAUUUAUCAUUGACACACCCUCAAAAGUUUUUGAUGAUAUUAGGCCAUGUAGUGGCACAGGGUCUGUCUAGCUGUUCUGCACAUCUUUACAAGACAUUGCAUGUUAUAUAUAAUAUGUACAUAUAUAUAUAUAUAUAUAUAUAUAUAUAGCUGGUAAUUUUAUAGUCCCCUGUGUUAUUCGA